GUGCAAAGAUCAAUCAGCUCUUGAGCCGAUUCGACAUGGCUGCUGCUUCUUCCCUCUCGCUCUCGCUCCCGCUCCCGGCGACGACGCCGGCCACGCUCCGGCGCGGGGCACUCCACGGCCCGGCGCUACCAUCGAGGAGGAAAUCGCCGGCGUCGGCGGCGCGCUGCGCAGCCUUCCGGCGGAACACGAGCGGCGGCCGGGGCCAGUACGGCGGCGCGCUGGUGGACGAGGGCAUGUCCGUGCUGCGGCGGCGGAUCCGGGAGGCCCGGAUGGCGGAGACAAACUACGAGGCGCCCGCGGAGUGGGCGGCCUGGGAGAAGCUGUACUACCCCGCCUACGUCUCCGACGUGUCGGGCAUCGUCGGCGCGCUGCAGCUGGCCCUCAUGGGCACCAGGCCCAGCGUCGCCAUCGCCGUCGCCGCGCUCGUGCUCGGCAGCGUGCCGGUCUCCGCCGCCGCCGCGAUGCACCACCUGGCGGCGGUGGCCGAGGCCGUCCUGCAGUCCGUGCACCACGUAUCUUGAUCGAGUCAGGCGGUCAUUUGGGCAAAUGUGUCCCGUACAUAGCUUGUUGUGGACUUGUACGUAGUUCGUUUGCAGCCGGAUUGAUUGAUAUAUGAAGAUUCUUUAGCCUUGACAGAUCGCAA